AUGUCGGAUCAUGUCGCAUCUGCAUCGUCAAUCGUUUCCCAGGCAUUGUCGAAUCUACCGCUAAUUCAAGUAUUUGGGGCAAGCCACCGUCUGGAGAAGAAACUGACCACAAUUCUUUGCGAUGUGCAAACAGAAGGUCUCAAGAAAGCUGCCGUAGCUGCGACACAGUUUGGCACUAUGUUUCUAAUUGCAUACUCUGGCAAUGCCAUCGCUUUCUGGCAAGGAAGCAAAGAAAUAGCCGAUACAGUCGAUGGUCGUGGCGCUGGCGUCACAGUCGGGUCAAUCUAUACAGUCAUCUUCCUCCUACUCGAUGGUACAUUCAGGUUCCUGAUGAGAUUACCUUCCACUAACACCGCCGCUUCUGCUCGCAGCUUAGAGAAAGUUUUGAAACGGCAAUCUAACAUCAAUGGGACAUCGCGCAGCUCGGGCACAUCCCCUCAAGCAAUCGUGGGUAGUAUCUCUCUAGAUGCAGUCACAUUCGCCUAUCCCUCCCGGCCAGAAGUCGAUGUACUAAAAUCCGCUUCGAUGAACUUCCCAGCAGGGAAGCAUUCGGCUAUAGUAGGCGUCUCAGGUAGUGGUAAAUCCACGCUAGCUGCCCUUGUGACCCGACUUUACGACCCUCACCAGGGCAAAGUCUUGAUUGAUGGACAAGACAUCCGAGAAAUGAAUGUGAGGUAUUUGCGCAGCUAUGUAGGAUUGGUAUCACAAGAACCUACGCUUCUCAAUCGCUCAAUCCUCGAAAACAUUGCCCUCGGUCUAGUGAGCUCCGUGAACCAUGACUUCGAAGCGGCACUGCUUGACUCGAAAUUGAACGUCUUUACACAAGAGGUUCGUAAGGGCCAAGACUUUGAAGCCGCUUUGCAGAAUCAAUCGUUGUCGGUCAGGACAAUUGUCGACAAAGUUCGUAGCGCCGCGGACCUGGCUGACGCAGAUCUCUUUAUUAAGGGUCUUGAGCAUGGCUACGCAACGUGCAUAGGCUCCAAAGGCAACGAGCUGAGCGGAGGACAGAAGCAAAGAAUUGCGUUGGCUCGUGCUCUCGUGAAAGAUCCAGUCAUUUUAAUCAUGGAUGAGGCGACUUCAGCCUUAGACUCCAAAACCGAGCAAAAUAUUCAAAGCUCACUAGAUGGUAUGCGGAAAAGCCGAACGACAAUCACGGUCGCCCACAGACUUGCAACAGUAAAAGAUGCCGAAAACAUUAUAGUCAUGCGCGACGGACAGGUAAUUGAACAGGGAUCACAUCAGGAUCUCCUGGCAAGUGGAGGCGCUUAUGCGACAUUGACCGACACUCAAUCUCUGCAAUUGACAGGACUAGUAUCUCCUAACAUGUCAGAUGAGUCCUCAGAAACGCUUGUACCCAUUGGUUCUGGCGCUGAAGUCGUGCCUGAUGACAUUGGUGACGAAAAGCAAGAACUCACAAAGCCCUCAGUAGUCGAAGCAAAUGGUCAGAGUGACACUGCUCACGUCGAUAAAGAAAGGUAUAUUCUUCAAACAAUACGUACCUAUACUCGUCUUGCUCGCCCUCAAUUGCUCAUCAUCUUCGUUGGGCUUAUCGGCGCCAUCGUCGCAGGAGGCUCAUACUCCUCAGAGGCAGUCAUUUUUGGCACUGUGGUUGGCCGACUAAACCCAUGCGAAGGUAGUUCGAGUAUUCGAGCCACAGGGAAUCUAUUUGGACUUCUCUUUUUCGUCCUAGGUCUAGCUGAAUUCUUCGCCAAUGUUGUCGCUGGUUCGGCUUUCGGACGUGUAGCAGAGAAGAUGGUAUUCAAGGUUAGAAUACUUACGUUUCGCUCUUUGUUUCAUCAAGACAUUACAUGGCACAACUCCGAGGGACGCACCCCAUCGUCUCUGCUCUCGCACUUUACUAGCGACACCAACGCCUUAGCCGGCUUGUCAGGUACGAUUGUGGGAACAAUACUGACGAUUCUCGUCAACCUGAUUGCAAGCAUCCUCCUCACUCACAUUGUGGCAUGGAAGAUUGCCAUAGUCCUCCUUGCGACUUUGCCAAUUCUACUUGGCUCUGGUGUCAUGCGUCUGAGAGCGCUCGCAAAGUUUCAGGAUCGUCAUCAAGCCGUUUACGCCACAUCUAUUGGAAUCACCGUUGAAGCAGUAGAGUCCAUCAAGACCAUUGCCACACUUUCUCUGGAAGAAGAAUUCUACAACACCUACAAGAGAUCUCUCGCCGGCCCUUACAAAGCCAGCUUCCGCGAGAUCGCAUACACCAACUUCUGGCUAGCCACAGCAUACAGUGUCAGCAACCUGAUCUACGCCUUAGCUUACUGGUGGGGAUCGAAGCAAAUCCUGAAUGGGAACUAUACGCAAACGCAGUUCUUUAUAGUACUUCCAGCACUACUCUUCAGCGCGCAGUCAUGCGGUCAGAUGUUCGCCUUAGCACCCGAUGUAUCGAACGCAGCCAUGGCUGCCCAAAGGCUCGUGAAAAUCAUGAAAAUCGGCCCUACCAGACCAGACACAUCAUCCGCCCUAUCUCUACCAUCAGACCUCUCCGAAAAGAUUGACUCCGGAGACCUAGAAGCAAACUCGCAAGCCACCACUCCAUACCCCACGCCCCCCAACACGCACGGCAGCAGCAUCAAAAUCCGUAACCUGAGCUUCCACUACCCGCACAAUCCCAAUCACCCCAUCCUUCACGACCUGAACCUCGACAUCCCAUCGGGCUCAUACUGCGCCCUAGUCGGCCCCUCCGGCGGCGGCAAAUCCACCAUAAUAUCCCUCCUCUCCGCCCUCUACGCCCCCACAUCCGGCACCAUCGCCAUCGACAACCACGCCUUCCCCUCCCCCUCCCCCCUCCUCCUCCACCUCCACCUCCACAUCCGCCUACCGCUCCACCCUCUCCCUCGUCCCCCAAACCAACACCCUCUUCAACGACAGCGUAGCCUUCAACAUCUCCCUCGGCGCCCCACCAGGCCAGGACGCCAGCAACUCCGAAAUCCACAGCGCCGCUCGCCUCGCGAACAUCCACGAGCUGAUCAUGUCGCUGCCGGACGGGUAUGA